CCGGAAGUUGACAUCGCGUGUCUCAUAUGUCAACAUCUUGCAGCCUGUGAGUUCAUUUGUAUUGUAUCUAAAAACUGCGCUGCUUUUGUGUUUAUCUGAAGCGAUGGCUCAGAAAGAGAGCGACUGGAAGAGGCAGCUGAUGGAGAAAGAAAAAGAGAUCGCGGCUCUCAAGAACAAACUGGAACAGCUUGAAAAGAACCACGCCUCAGUGCUGGAACUCCAGGACAAAGUGAUGCAGCUUAGUCCUCUAACAGCCAAACCAGCGCUCAGCAAUGAGGACAUCAUGCGGUACAGCAGACAGCUCCUUCUGCCUGAGCUCGGUGUAAAAGGUCAGCUGAAUUUAUCUGGGACAUCUGUGCUGAUCGUGGGCUGUGGUGGACUAGGUUGUCCACUCGCCCAGUAUCUAGCAGCAGCAGGCAUCGGGCGUCUUGGUCUGCUGGACUAUGAUGAAGUGGAGCUCAGCAACCUCCACAGGCAGGUUCUCCAUGGAGAGGAGAAUCAGGGCCAGGCUAAGGCUCUGUCUGCAGCUACAGCAGUGAAAAGGCUGAAUUCUACCGUGGAGUGUAUUCCCUACCAUCUGCAGCUCUCACCAGAGAAUGCCUUACAGCUUAUUCAACAAUAUGACAUUGUGGCGGACUGUUCAGACAACGUUCCCACCCGUUACCUGGUGAAUGACGCCUGCGUGCUCAGCGGCAAACCUUUGGUGUCUGCGAGUGCUUUGCGACUGGAAGGGCAGUUGACGGUGUACAACUAUCAGGGAGGCCCCUGCUACAGAUGUUUAUACCCACGGCCCCCACCCCCAGAAACGGUAACCAACUGCUCUGAUGGAGGGGUGUUAGGAGUGGUUCCAGGUAUUAUGGGCUGCUUCCAGGCUUUAGAGGUCCUUAAAAUUGCCUCAGGGCAAGGUUCUUCCUGCGCUCAGCAGCUGCUGAUGUUUGACGCUCAGGCUUUCAGAUUCAGGUCCAUCAGACUGCGGCCCAAGCAGGCUGGCUGUGCGGCGUGUGGAGAAAGCCCCAGUGUGACGCAGCUGAUUGACUAUGAGGCUUUCUGUGGGUCUGCUGCCACAGAUAAGUGUCGUAAGCUUAACCUCCUGUCCAAGGAUCAGAGGAUCACAGUGCAGGAAUAUAAAUCUGUGGUGGAUACCUCUGGACAUCAUAUCUUGCUUGAUGUCCGCCCUCUUGUGGAAGUGGAUAUCUGUCACUUGCCCUUCUCUCUCAAUAUCCCCCUCUCCAGUUUAGAGCAGAGAAAGAGUGAAGAUAUCCGGUUACUUCAGCAAAGAAUCAUCCAGCUGAAGCAGCAGAUGGCAGGUGACUGCCAGCCGCCAGUUUAUGUCAUCUGUAAGCUGGGUAAUGACUCCCAGAAGGCAGUGCAGAUUUUGGAAAAGAUGAGCGGGUCAGAAAUGGACAGUUUCACCGUAAAGGACAUCUGUGGAGGGCUCAUGGCGUGGGCCAAGAACAUUGAUUCAACAUUUCCACAGUAUUAAUGUACUGUAUGAUUGUUUGCUUGUAAUAAACUAAUACAUUUCA